GGCAAUGACGCUAUUCCCCGUAACCAAGGCGCUCUCAAGGCAAACACUAGAUGGCUAGGAUAGCAGCCCGGCCAGAUAAUCUUCAGAUAUAAUCUACAUUAAAUCGCUCGAUCGAGUUAAAAUUUAAGCACAAGAGCUUUGAUCCAGAAGUCUUUCUAGUACUGAGCAUUUUGCUGCUGUUCCGUUCGCUUUUCCCCCCGCAAGACAGACGCAGGAGCACCCAUUUUAGCUUGUUGGAUUAGCUACAAGCUAGCUAGUAACGUUAGCUUCCUAAAUACAAUGGCCGAGUUUGGUUUUAAUGAACACCACCAGAAUGAAGUCAUCAAUUACAUGCGAUUUGCACGUUCAAAGAGGGUGCUGAGGCUCAAGACUAUUGACUCAUGCUUUGAGGAACUCAAAGACAGCAGGCUGGUGGAGGAAACCUUCACAGUGGAUGAGGUGAGGGAGAUGCUGGACGGCCUGCAGGCAGUGGUGCGUGGGGAGGUGGAGACGGAGCUCAUCAACACAGCCCACACCAACGUGCUGCUGCUCAGGCAGCUCUUCUCCCAGGCUGAGAAGUUUUACCUCCGACUGCAGACUGACAUCUCAGAGCUGGAGAACAGGGAGCUGUUAGAGCAAGUGGCUGAGUUUGAAAAGACUGACUUUAAAACCACUGACAAGGUAAACCAGGAAAUCAGCAAACCCAAGUUGGCGCCGCUGAAUGAGGGUGGGGUCUCUGAACUUCUGAAUAAGGAGAUUGUGAGACUACAGGAGGAAAAUGACAAGCUAAAAUCCAGGCUUCGGACUAUAGAAUCCCAGGCCAUGAAUGCGCUAGAUGAGAAAACCAAGGCAGAGAGGGCCUUGAAAGACCUUCAGAAGGUGCAAGGUGAACAGCAGCUGACUGCUCACUCCCAGGAGAUCAGCAGUCUGGAGGACACGGUGGCGGCGCUGAGGGCUGACUAUGAAAAGUCUCUCAGUGCCAACUCUGCCUCCCAGAAGGACCUGCAGGAAAACCUGAUUUCUGCCAAACAUGACCUGCUGCGAGUGCAGGAGCAGCUGGCUCUGGCAGAAAAGGAAUUGGAGAAGAAGUUCCAGCAAACCGCUGCUUACCGCAACAUGAAAGAGAUCCUGACCAAGAAGAACGAGCAGAUCAAAGAGAUCAGGAAACGACUGCAGAGAUAUGAGUCCGAUGAAUGAGCCUCACCCAAGACAGCUGGUGAAACAGACGCCUAGGUUGUAAGAAGGGACCAAAAUUCCUCUUCCAAACUGUGAUUUGGGAGAGGUUUCGAGGAACCGCCAUUCCCCACUGCUCUAACACUAGAGAGACGGAAAGAAGCGCUUCCAUGAAGAAUUGCUUGUCCAUGCGUUAUCCAGCAUCUUAAAUAAUUAUUGGCUUUAGUAGAGAGGGCUGCCGGGGAGGAGGGGCAAUGUUUAAGGUACAUAAAAACACAGCUGAAUUAGUAGUAACAAAUUGGACCCUUUUUUCUACGUCUCUAUUUGGAGCUCAUUUCCAGUAGCUAGUAGGCCUCCCUCAGUGCUCUAUGCAAGUACCAGCAUGUCCCCUUUUCAAGAGGCCUUGUCCAUUUGCUCAGUCGGGCAGAUACCGUCUGCCUAAAGCUUUGCAGUCUUAUCUAUCUGAUGAGUAAAUGUUAUGUCAUAGCUCGGUGACACCAAGUCAUUUAUUAAUAAUUGCCUCUUAAUCAUGGCUGAUCAGUUUAUCAGUAAAUUUAGCUGCACUGUUAUAGCCAGAGUCGAGCUAGGUGAACUCAGUUCCAAGCUUGGAUCAAGCCACUUUGGCUUCAGAGUCAUGGUACUUUACCCUCCAGAGGUCGCAGUCACAAUAACUUGUUUACCUAAACAUUUCUUUGGGCAAUUGGAAUGAAAGUAUAAGUAUUCAGAAUACUCCAUAUUUAGUCCACUUUCUUACAUUUAUAUUUUCUGCUCUUGUGUAUUGAAUGACAAGGAAAAAACAGUGAUCCAGAAAGAAUACAGUAUAUUCCCCUAUUUCCCUACACAGUGUGCAUAGAAUAUUUUUGUCUAAAAAGUUUAACUGCGUACUUUUCUUAUUGCUUUGGGUGGUGGGGUGUAAGAGAUAAACUAUAUAUGAUUCUGUUCAUGAUGUGAUGCUCUUGUAGAGUAUGAUACAUCUGCAGUAUGUUAUACUAGAUGUGCAUUUGUUUGUAUUGUGCAGAGUCUGGGGUAAUAAAAGCUUUUACCAAAAUUAA